AUGUCGAAGAAGAUCUCGGAAGCAGAUAAUGAUGGUGUUCGUCAGCCGGAGAGCAGCAGCUGGGAUUCAGAUCUGCAGUUUCUAGAUUCCAUUCAACACUUCCUCCUCUCCGGCGGCAGUACAGAUCAUCACUUCGACGGCAUUAAUACCAUUCAUCCCUCCCCACUGGAUGACACCUGGACGACCGUACAAACAAACUCCUCCUUAUCCAUCUGCGCCAGCACCAGCAGCAGCAUCAUUGCCGCCGAUCUACUCCUGCCGGGGGCUGCGGCGGUGGGGCCUGCUGCAGAGUUGGAGGAGAUUGGCAGCCACGUGGCAUCAUCUUCGGGUACUGGUGAGGCCGGGGAGAAGAAGAAGGAGAAGGGAGGUGGUGGCGGUGGGUGGCGGUAUAAGGGAGUGAGGCGGCGGCCGUGGGGGAAGUACGCGGCGGAGAUUCGGGAUCCGAAGAGGAACGGAGCGAGGACGUGGCUGGGGACGUACGAGACUCCACAGGAUGCGGCUCUGGCUUAUGAUCGAGCCGCUUUCCAGAUGAGGGGAGCCAAGGCGAAGCUCAACUUCCCUCACCUGCUCAGCUCCGGCAACCCUUCCCCGCCGCCGGCAUGA